AUGUACAGGCGCGUUUUUCUCGUUGAGAUACUUUUCUCUCCUGCUUUUCGCUAUUUUUUGUUUGUUUCCAUACCUCCAGCGCUGGGCAGCAUGAGUUUUCUUCAAUCUUUCAUGAUACGGUUGCGUUUGCAGCGCCGGCGUCAUAAGCAGCUAUUCUUGUUAAUAUCUGUCACCAUAGCAGCAAUCAUCCUUUUUGUUUUGUGGUCUUCCAAAGAUGCAUUGGACACGUCUGUUUCUAGCACAUCUUGCAAAUACGUCCCAGGCUUCAUUUGCAGUUUAUUCUUCAUCUUCGAGGAUCCCAAGCCUGCUGACAUAUCUGGUUCUCCUAAGAAGUUGUCUCCAGGUCCUUCCGGUACCGGUUCCUUGGGCCAUGAUGCCUUGAUCCAACCGAAAAUGGACCACAUCAACUCGUUCUACAAAGGUGAAAACGCCCAGAAGUUGGUUCUGGCUCACAAAUUUUAUGCUGAAGUCUUGAAAGACAUUGUGGAAGCCAAGCCCGAUUGUGCGCCUUUGGAGGAUUACAAGAAUGGGCGCUGUAAUGCCGAACGGUUUGAAACUAGCGACGAAAAGCCAAUGUACUCCGAAAAAUACCUCUCUCAGUUUUUGCAAUUGAACAAGACGCAGCUCGAUGCUAUGAUGAAAUCGCAUAAGUACAUUCUUGGUAAGCUUCCGAAUGAAGCACCAAAGGGACUUUAUGAGGGUGAUGGUAUUGUGUAUGUUGGAGGCGGGAAAUUCAAUUGGUUGUCGUUGCUCUCUGUUCGUGCCUUGAGAGCUCAGGGCUGUCAAUUACCAGUCGAAAUCUUGGUACCUACGCUUGAGGAGUACGAACUCGAAUUGUGUUCACGUAUCUUCCCAGCUAUGAACGCCAAGUGUAUUUAUUUGCCUACAGCGCUAUUCGGUAAUAACCAAGAAAUGGCUAAAUCUUUGACAUUCAAGGGAUACCAAUACAAAUCGUUGGCGAUUUUAUUAUCCAGCUUUGAAAACGUCUUGUUAAUGGAUAGCGACAACGUUCCAGCGUAUUCUCCGGAGCAUCUCUUCAAGUCUGAGCCAUUUACAAAAACUGGGUUGGUUGUUUGGCCUGAUUUCUGGCAGCGCUCAACUUCUCCUGACUAUUAUAAAAUUGCCGGCUCUGAAGUGAGCAAGACAGAAUUGCUUGAUAAGUACUCCGAGCGCUUUGGUGGCUACCUUGAACAAGAAGCCGUGGAGCCACUUGAUUGGUUAAAUUGUCCAUACCACGAGCGUGUUGGUGCUAUUCCUAAUCCUUCUUCCGAGUCUGGUCAAUUGAUGAUUUCCAAGAAAAGUCACAUGAAGGCCAUUCUUUUAGCAUUCUACUACAACCUGUAUGGACCAGGUUUCUACUAUCCGCUCUUCUCGCAAGGUGCUCAGGGUGAAGGUGACAAGGAAACAUUUUUGGCUGCUACUAUCGUUACGAAGGGCAAGUACUAUCAAGUGGGAAAGUUUUUGGCUGCAUUAGGUAAUGUCAGAAAUAAUGAGUUUAACGGUAAUGCAAUGGGUCAAUAUGAUCCAGCGGAAGAUUUGGAGUGGAAUCGCCAGAAAAAGAAACUACUAAAGUCCAUGGGAAAGAAGGAAGCUGAAGAGGCAAUCAAGAAACUUAAACCGCCAAAGAUAAUAUUUGUCCAUGCCAAUACGCCUAAACUCGAUCCGUGGGAGCUUAAGAACGGCCACGAUACUGUGGACGAAGAGGGGAACCGGUAUAGACUUUAUGGCUGGGGUAUGAGAUCAAGUACUGGCACCGAUUUCGAAUUGAACACUUGGAACCACAUGAAGGUACUCUUGUGUGACAUGAAUUUGAACUUGGACCACUUCAAGGACAUCAACAGAAAACAACUUUGCCACGAGAUUAAUGAGCACAUUACAUUUUUGGUUUCUACGCAAGACCGUCUAGAUUAA